AUGGCAGCGUCCGGAUCGCCGGACUACGCUGCAGCAGAGCGCGCCCAGCAGCAGCAGCAGCCGGCUGCCGCUUGCUCGGAAGAGCAGGCUCUUCUGCUCCUCAGCCGCCUGCAGCUGCCGGUGGGCGGCCAACCCAACAACCUCCCCGCUGGAGGCGUGCGCCACGUCCCCGCCGUCGCGGCCGCGGCCACGGCCGGCGCGGCGCCCGCCGCUGGCAACCCUGCAGGGGACGUGCGGCAGCCGCCGCUCCCCAUGGCGGCGAGCGGCGGCCUGGUGCCGUCAGAGCUGAGGGUUGAGUAUGAGAAGCGGGUGGAGGCGGUGCGGGAGGCGCUGGCUGAGCUGCGGCGCUUCGAGUUGAUGCAUGUCGAUGGGGGCGCAGGGGACCUGGUGGCAGCAACGGCGCCCGGCGGCGGCGACGGCGGCGGCAUGUGA